AUGCCCCCCAACGUCCUCGCACGCAUGUCCGAGAUGCCAAGUCGUGCGGAGAUGCAUGAGGCCCCAACGGGUGCUGCUGCUGUUCCGCAGGCGUCACCUGAUGUCCAGGUUGAGGUAAGGGGCAGUGGCCACUUGCCCUCGGCCUGGCGCACCUGGGAGGAGGUGACGUUCCCACCCCGCGUGCGGGCGCCGCUGGUGUCGGCGGGCUUCCCGGCACCGACGGCGAUCCAGCAGCAUUCAUGGCCAAUUCUCACUGCAGGCCGCGAUUUGAUCGGGGUUGCGAAGACAGGCUCUGGCAAGACGCUCGCCUUUCUCCUUCCCAUCUUCGCGCGGCUACUGGAAAGCAAGGCCGACCUUCGAGGGCCUCCGGCGGCGCUGGUGCUGGCGCCCACCCGCGAGCUUGCCUGUCAGAUUGAAGUGGAGGCGAAACGCUUUGGAGCCACGGCGGGCAUGCGGGCUGCCUGCCUCUACGGGGGCGCCCCCAAAGGGCCGCAGCUCGCAGAGCUCCGACAGAGGCCUCAGCUGCUGGUGGCCACGCCGGGGCGCCUCAACGACCUCCUCGAGCCUCCGCCAGGACUGUCCGUCGCUGUGGACGUGAAGUCUGUGCGCUAUCUGGUCCUGGACGAAGCAGACCGCAUGCUGGACAUGGGCUUCGAGCCCCAGAUCCGGAAGAUCAUCGCCGGACUUCCACAGGACCGCCAGACCGUGAUGUUCACGGCGACCUGGCCUCUGUCCAUCCGCCGCCUGGCAGCGGACUUCCUGCGGGAUGCUGCGGAGGUCCGCGCUGGCGAAGUGGACGAGCUGCGAGUGAAUCCAGACAUCACCCAGCACGUGGUGUUCUGCUCGGACAUGCGCGACAAGGAGGAGUGGCUUGACAAGAUCCUGCGAGAGAGCGGCAGCGACCAGGCCAUCGUCUUCGUGAACACGAAGAGGAUGUGCGAGGUCGUCUCCUUGCGGACUCCCAAUAGCAUGGCCAUCCACGGGGACAAGGACCAGCGCGAGCGGGACUUGGCCUUGGGCCACUUCAAGUCCGGCUCCGUGCGUGUGCUGGUGGCCACGGACGUGGCUGCCCGCGGGCUGGACAUCAAGGCCGUCAAGGUUGUGGUGAAUUUCGACCCUCCGAAUCGCGAGGAGGACUACGUCCAUCGCGUGGGCCGAACGGGCCGGGCUGGGCAGAAAGGCCUCGCGUGGACCCUCCUGACCAACGAGGACGGCGCGGCCGCACGGAGCAUUGCCGCUUGGCCGCGUGGCAUCGGCGUGCCCGCCGAUCUCGGACUCGUGGACGGACUUUGCUGCGACACUUUGUAUCCGGGGGCGCAUUCUAAGUUCCCGUUCGCUCAAGACAACAAUGGCGUGGUGGUGCAGCCAGUGCAGGCAACACUGCAAGGCUACCGCCACGUAUUGUUCUGGCUGCGGCCAGCAUUGGGAAGAAACAGCUUCUUCCUACACCUCGCCUGCGCAGGCGGUGCCGUGGAAGGAGGACACGUGGCGAGGACAUUCGCCGCGGCGGAGACAAUCGCCCAGGCGCAAGAGCAAGGAAAGAACCAGACACCGACGACUACAAGCCGUUUGCAGACUUUGCCCACACCGCCCAAGCCAGCUGCUGUUGCAGCUCCGGUGGUCUCCUCACUUCCAGAGGAAAGCCCGCCGCCACCUUCGGACUUAAUGGUUGCUCUCCUGAAGAGUCGGGACACCUUGCCAGCAGAGGUCAGGGCAUUGUUGGAUGCCCAGGCCAGCACCGAGCACCGUGUGGCUGCCAAGAUGCUCCACAAAUAUGUGGCCCUAAAGACGGCCGCAGAACGUGGACUGGCGGAUGUCCAAAGAGCUCGUGCCCACUAUGCUCAAGAGUGGGGCACAUACCUAUCGGCGCUCGGCGAUCUCCUACAACAGCAGAUGGUGGAGAAACAGACGGCGAUGGAAGAGUUCCGACAGACCGAGGACCGCUGGCGAUUACAGCUGGCCACAGCAACCAAGUCAUUGGCUCAGGCCUCAGGUGCCACGACAGGGAUAGUGGACCUCGAGGCAGAUGGUGCAGAGCUCCCCGAACCGGACAUGGUUAUCGAUGUGGACGCAGAGGAUGCAACAAAGCCUCUGACAGCCGAAGCACUGACAGACAAGGAGGCUGGACUGCUGGAGUCGCUCAAGAAGGCCAGCCAUUCGGCCGACAGCGAGAUCCAGGAGUUGAAGGCUCACCUCGAUGCCCGAGUGGAUGUGGUGAGCCAAAAUUCUCCGCGGACGUUCGCCAUAGCGUCUGUGUUGAGCAAGACUACGUCAGCAAAUGGCUGGCGCAGGCAAUCGGGCUUUGCAGGCAACACGAGGUCAGGAUGGAAGCUCUUGGCUUACGGCGCACGCCUUUCCACUUUGCAGAUCCGAGAUGCCAGGAAGAAUCGCCGUCUGGGACACUUUUUGACCUACGGCCCAUCGCCCGGCAUGUGCCCAAGUUGUGGCCUCGACGUGACCCAGAAGUCUUCGGGGGAACCGCCGGCAGUGUGUGUCUUGGGCAUGACACAACCGCCGUCGGCCCUUCAGGUCAUUACGCCUUUUCGGGGUCUUGUGGAACCCCUGUUGUCUCCAUUUGUUGAGACACGUCUGCCGCCUCUGCCCUUAUGUGAAAGUGAGCGGCUGCACUUCCAGAACAUGUGCAUUCCUGCUGAAGUGGGCAGCGACAUCGAGAUCGGACCCCUGUCGAGUCUCGCCGUUUGCUCUUCUGACCCUCUUGCGGUUUCACUUACCCUCAAGCCAGCAAAUGCAUUCCCCGAAGCUGCAAGAGCUUCGCCGACACAACUUGACUCGCUCUCGGUCGCGACCCGGCCAUCCAUUACACACUGCGCCGGCUCGGCUGAUGCCGUUUCUCUGACUGCGCCGCAGGCCCCGCGUGCCAUCUUGCAGCAGGCGAUAAAGAGUGGGUUGUUGAGCCCCGGUUUUUCCUACCUACCACCUUUGCAGACUGUUCAAGGCGGUUCCUUGUCGACCCUUGCUGACGGUUUCCCAGAUGCCGAAGCUGGUCUGUUGCCACGCAUCAUCCCUGCCGCCCUUGGUAGGGAGUCCAUACUGGAUCUGCAAGCCCACGCUGCCCUGGCAACUGUUUUCCCUGCCUGGCUCUCAACGCCAUGUGAGACGGAGGGUGAGCUUGCGGUGUUUGACCCAAUCCGGCAGAUGACAUCGUUCGCCUACACCAGGAAACAAUCACUCGGUGAAGUACUCUCUACUGUGGUUGAGAGGGCUCCUUUCGCCAUUGCAUCUCUGAGAUUCAUUUCACCGCUUCCCUCCUUUCCGUCGCUGCAGAUUGUCCUGACUCCUUCCGGAUUGCCUGCAGACAUGUAUGCACUACCAAUUGAUGGCCGCCCGGCUUUUCCGUCCGUGUGCACGGUAAAUGUUGCGGCUGGGGGCAUUUGCAGUCAAGUUGCGGACGAUCCUACACAGUUGCACUCCCUCCAGUUGCGGGCCCUGCCUCCGACCGCCUCUGACGUUCAGGCUGCUCAGUCCGGUCCCACAGGUGCAAGCUCAUAUAGCGAUGCACGUUUGGGCCUGCCAGCGACGAGCCGGAUCGCCACGCCGCAGGGCCGAUGUCGAAUCUCCGCUUGCUUCGCCAAAACUGAUGAACCGUGCAUCUUGCAGCUGGCUGAUUGCAUCCCGCAGCCCAAGCCGGGCCUGGCAACCGGGGUUGUUCCGGGGAUGCUUGACGAGCUUCUCUCAGGUCAUAAACUUGCGUCACUCCACACUGAAGUUCCGGCACUCCGCCGCCUAGAUGACAGUAUGAGAGCAGCUUGGAAUUCACUACCACCGUGGCAGCCGUGCGAAGCCCUUGAAGCACUUUUUCUUUAUACAGAUGGCUCCUGGGAUCCCCACUCCAAGUGCGCGGCUUGGGCAGUGGUUUGCGUUGCAAGACAGAAGGGAGAGCCCAGACGGGUCGGCUGUGCAUCCGGCAUCUGUUGCGACCUGGAUGAUCUUGACAUGAACGCUUAUCGUGCAGAAUGUGAGGCACUGCUUCAUGCCCGUAGCAUCGGCCUUACCUGUAGGCCUGUGCCUGUCAUCAUCGCUUCUGAUUGCUCCUCGGCACUUGGUUCCACGCACGGGCAGUCUGUGUCGCCUGCCUCGGACUGGAUAAGUGAAACUGCAAUAUCCUUGAUGUUUGCCGGGGCGGCGCAUGGCCAACACACUCAGUCAAUAUGGAUCCCCGCUCACGAGGCUUGCUUUCUAAAUGGUCUGGCUGACGCUCUAGCGCACGCAGGCGCCACUGGCGGCACACUGCUGUCCAUCAGGACACACACACACACUCCUGCAGGAGGCUCGUGA